AUGAACGAGCUCCUGAUAAGGUCCAAGAGCGGCAUCAAGCUCUACACCUUCGAGCGAAACGAGAACAAUGAGUAUACAGGAAAAAUCACCUUCGAGUACGACGGGUGUAUACACGACGCCCUCUGGUCGUGCGAUGGGAACUCCUUCCUCAUACUGCACUCCGUGGAGGGAUUACUUCUGAUAUCAAACUAUGCCGACAGAGACAACAUAAGAGUGAAUAAAAUUACCUGCCCAAACAGGUACAAGGAACUCUUCACCGACGACAAUAUAAAGUUAAUAAAACAUGUGCAGUGGUCACCAGGCAAUAAAUUUGUCGUUUUCUUUUUCCCCUUUGAGGAGAAAAACUUUGUUUCCAUAGGAAACCUACUUCUAUUUAGUGUGCAGCAUACCAGAGUCCUGUGCUCGUUUAAGAUUCGGAAAAAGAUUUGCAGCAACUGGCCCAUUAUCCACUUCACCACUGAGGACAGAUACUUUUUUCUCGAGAAGAAAUCCAACCUUUAUGUUUAUGAUACCCUCCAGUUGAUCCAAACGAACCCAGAGGUGUUGCACAAUCUGGUAAAUAUAGACAUCCCAAAAAAUUAUCUUUUCACGUGGCAUCAUCCGAAUGUCAUAGCUAUGUAUGUGUCCCCCUAUGUUGGAGAAGACAACGCAAGGUUCUUCAUUGUUCACACGAAGAAUAACUUCUUGGGAGAUGUUUAUGUGUAUAAGAUGCAGGGAUUGUCCUCUUCACUGAGUGAUGUGGAUGGCAUCCAUUUUGGGAAAGAGAAGACUUCUCCCACAAUGGGGGGUCAUCAUAACGGCGCUGGGAUAUCACUCGGUUCAGCCGUCGGUGUUACCACCCCGAAACGAAAGGAAUGGGAAAGCGGUAAUCCGGAAAGGAACGUCUCUCUGGAUCUUCUCAUCAGAAAAAGUUUCGAUAAUCUGGACAAUCUCUACUGCAUGUGGUCACUCAGCGGGAAGCAUGUUAUCCUGAUGGUGUAUACCAACGACACGACGAACAAGUCCUAUGGCUAUGUAAGCAACUGCUACUACUUCUCCCUGAGCGCCAUACAUAUGGGCAUGAGAAAGAUCAACGAAGACGUGGCACAGGAUGUCAAAUGGAACCAAACGAGUGAUGACUUCCUCCUAAUCGAAGGCAAAUCAGAUAAUGCCAUUUUUUUGUAUGACCACAAUUUGAACGUUAAAAUGAAAAUCUCGUCGCAGUACAAAAACACAAUUAAGUGGUGCCCCUUUGGGAAUAUGAUUGCUCUUGGAGGGUUCGGAAACUUAGCAGGGGACAUCAAUUUUUACUUUAAAGAGAAAGACGACACGGUGAUCCUAAUAAAACAAUACAGAGAGCCAUGCACUGUGUUGUGUGAUUGGUCUGCAGAUGGUACUCUCUUCAUGACGGCCUCCACCUACCCCAGGAUGAAGGUGGAGAAUACCUUUAAGAUUUACACAUACGAGGGAAAGCUUGUCAACAGUUACAAUUUUAACGAGCUUUAUGACGUCCAAUGGAAGAAGGCCCCCCCUGGGAUGCUCUCCGAGCCGCCCAAGCCGCAGGCCAACCUGAAGGAUAACAAGCGCAGCGUCUACAAGAUUAAGUAUAUGAAUGUGGAUGGCUCGGUGGGGAGCGGCAUGGGGAAUGGUGUGCUGAACGGACUAGUUAGCUCUCCCGGAGGCGCUCCAACCAGUAUUAACACCCUCAGCAGCGGGAACGCCUCUGACGCGCUGGACGAAGCCACGUUUCAGAAAACCAACGGGGGGGGCGAACCAGGCGAGAAGGACAGGGGUAAAAUUGGCAAGGCCGUGGUGGCUCCUCCUGUUCCUGCCCCUAGCGGUUCGCAAGCGGCGAACGCGGCAGUCGCAGCGCUCGGAAGGAAGAAGAAGGCAGAGAAGGGAGGUAAUGCUUACGACUGGGAUGUAGACUGGAGAAAUAAAAACGUCUCCGGCACGGCAGGAGCGGCAGGGGCAGCAGGAGUAAGUUUGGUGGUCCCCCCCACGGGCGCUGCGGGGGUUACUGGUGUCAACAGCCUCAAUAAAAUUGGCAGUAUGGGGAGCCUCGGCAACGUUAGCCUAGCGAAGCCCCCCGAGGAGAAGCACGACCAGGGAGUCUCCCCCCACAUGGAAAAGAAGUCUGUAGAUGUGUGCGCCCUGAAUGGUAGCGAUGGUGACAUUCUCAGGAAAGAAAACCUCGUUGUUGGCAUGGUAGAAGGACACCAGGAGGACUACUCUGCACGGGGCAUUCCCUCCGCAGAUAGCACCAGUGGCGCAGACGCUCGAGCAGCAGAUGAUAAAAAGAAACAGAAGAAGAAGAAAAAGGAAAAAGAAGAGGAGAAGGAGAAGGAAAAGGAAAACGACAUGAAGUUCCAGGGCGAUGCAGACAAAGGUAGCGGCACCCCAAAACAGGUCACGGCCAACAGUUGGGGCAAUCACCACCCAAGUCAGGACGUCCAGGAUACGACGAGCCUACACUACUACAUGAGCAGAAAUAACAUUGAGGUGGGUAUUCCUCCGGGGGGAUUUCCCUCCAAUGUAUUCCCUGCAAAUGUAUUCCCCCCAAAUGGAUUGCUCCCAAACAGUUUCGCGCUUAAGGGUGGCCCCCCUGGAGACUGGAACGAGCCGAAAACGCACACCAAGAAAGGGGGAUCAAUGGAUGUCGCGCAGUUCCAAAUGGAGAAAGAUGACGGAGAGAAGAAACAGGCGGGGGAGAUUAUCCCGAAGGAUGAGAAGGACCCAGACCAGGAUAAGAAAAAAAAGAAGGAAAAGAUAAAUAAAAAAAAUAAAAGCGAGGCCUCCGACGGAGGCAAUGAGAAUGGCGUCGUUGGCGACUUCCCGUCGGCUGGGGAGGACAAGGUGGCCAGGCAGACAGUGGGGACUGCGGCGGCGACUGCCACGGCAACUUCUAUGACGACCACGCAGGCGAUGGCGCCCUCCCCCGAAGCCGCCAGAACGAAAACCCGAAGCGGCAACACCAUCACGAGCUUCCUGGCCAGAAUAAUGCAGCCCAAGGCUCACGUGCCAGAGAAGCUCACUCCCCCCAACGAUCGCGGCAUGAACGAUCACGACACGAAGGAGCGUUAUGCGAACGAAGUCUACACGAAUGAGCGCAAUGAAACCGCCGUGUGUGUUGCACCAAUGGCCGCAGCGGGGACGAGCCCAUACAAUUUUGUUGACACACAUGACGCGUCACGUAACAGUAAUGCUCACCCCAUGGUAGGUCCAGACAAGGAAGGAAGUGAUACCCAUCCUCAGAGGAACAACAACACGCUUCAUAGUGACAUGUAUGGCCUCCCGAAAAGUGGCGCCAAUAAAAAUAGCGCAGCGUCUUCUUCAUUGUAUCAACCACAUUUUAACCCCCUACCAAACGGAGUACCCAUGCAGAGUAGUAACUCCUCCCUCUUUAAUCAGCUGUCGGGACUGAAGCAGAGCAUUCAGGAAAGCACUCACCAUCCCGAAGGAGUAGACGGAUCAUCACCAAAUGGGAACAUCCUAAAUGCAGGAAUGUAUCCGACCUCAUUACAACCGCAGAGUUACAAUGAUGUCACUAAAGGCAGUGCGAACCAAGACAGCCAUCUUUACGUGUCAAGCCAUGAAGGAAAAGCGUCUUACUCCUCUGCAUACCCCGAGCGGGAAAGCAGCGAAGGAGCUAUUAACGAUGCGUCGUCCAAGCAAGUGAGUCCCAGUAUUGAUGCGAAUGAACAAACUAGGGAUACUCUUCGUGCUCCCCCCGAGACUAAAAAAUCAAAUGAAGAUUUGCUGAGAUUAUUCAAGAGGGUGUUACCUCACGCAACCGUUAACAUUGUCCCAAAGAAUGAACACAUCGGUAGUAGUGGUAGUAAUGACACCAUGUUUAAUGCCUCAAUUGGGCAUACUGUUACCACUGCACAGAAUGCUGACUUCUCCGUGUCAGUUCCACGAAGCAACCACAUGGAGGGAAUUCAAAAUGAUUACAAACAACAGAUGGGCUUCAAAAGGGAACACAUCGACAUGCGAAUGACCCCAUCGAAUGAGCACAUCCGAAGGGACGAAGGGAAUAAUGGCAACUAUGCAAAUAUCAACAGCAACAGUAGUAGUGUCUACGCCCAGCGUGGAAAAGAAAUUCAAAACAAAGAUUUGCUAACAGCGAUGAUCAUGAGGAUGAAGCAGAAGGAAGAGCAACGAAAUGAUAGCAGCAAUCCCGUCGGAGCAAGUGCCCCCAGUACCAACAGGAUGAUGAUACCCCUUGGGAGGGAAGACUCCAUUCCAGCUAAUAUAAAGUCACACCUUUCGAACUUGGAUCUCUGUGAAUUGCUAAAGUGUUACCACUCUCUUAAUGUACAGCUGAUCCAGUUAAAAUUAUACUGGAUCGUCCACAAAAUCCAGGUGUAUGACUCUAUUGCAACUGGAGGAGGCAACGCCACGGAACUGAUGGAGAAGGAUAAAAAGAUAAUCGCCAAAGUGAAAGAAAUGAAGAUCCUCCUAGAUUAUGCCAACGAUUUGGUCAAAGAGACAUUUCAGAAAAACAGAAAAAAAUACGAAAGUGUGAUACAGCAGUUUACCGUUAUUCUCAAGCAGCAUGACAACCUGUACGAACAGAAGAAGGAGAAGAUCAUGCAGGAUCACUCAGACAAGCAGGCCAUUGUGCACUUCAUCUGUAACAUCGAAAAAAUUGUGCACAGAUAUGUCACAGCGAAUGGGGAGGAGCCCGUGUCUUCUUCUCCCUCUCUCAGGGGUUCCUAUCAGCACCUCAGCAUGGUCGUUGGCAGGGGGGAAGUCCAUCCGUCCACUACGCCCCUCACUAACGCACGGGAAUACAUUAGUGGUUUUAGCAGCGAUUACGCGGGAGGCUACCCCGAGGGUUACUCGAAAAACAUGAGGGACAUCGCACCCCCCAUGGAACUGCAACGAAAGUUGCUCAUGCAAAAGUUGAGAGAACAAGGCGGACGCAACAAUGGGCACUACGAUGAACAGAAUCUGAACCAGAACAAAAUGAGUCUUUCGGAGUACCAGAGAAAUUAUGCUCUAAAUGCAGUUGCAAGGGAUAAGGAUGAGCAGGCGAAAUUUUUCCUGAAGCGAAGUGGAGGGAACAAUGACUCCGGAGCAGCUGCUUCACUUGAGAUGACCUAUGCCGAAGAGCAGGAGGACAAGAAGAAUAGCCCAGUGGGAAGGGGACGCGGGUAUGAGGCCAUCAGCAGCGGGGGAAGCAUGUACUGUAGAGACGCCCAAAGUGUGGAAGUGUUCCCCCGCGAUGGGCGCGCCAUCGGUGGCCACAACGAUCACAAUAAUCAGAACAGUCAGGAUGAUCACAACAGCGACGGCACGUGCCCGUCCCCCCUCCUAAGCAGGAUCAACAAGUCACUGAUGAGCAAGCAGGGGAAGGAGGACGGCGCGCAAGACCGCGAUAGCGCCAAGGACAUGUCAGGCAGGUAUAGCCUGCUCGAACUUUUGAGACGGAAAAAGCAAAUCGAGCUGCAGAGUGGUGUACAAAGCGGAAUGCAGAGCGGAAUGCAGAGUGGCCUACUCAGCAGCCUUCGCGCCGCUGCCCAAGGUAGGGACGACCACAUGGACGCCAACUCCCUGCUGCGUGAAGCCAACCAAGGUGCGCAGGGGGGUAAGUACGCCGUGCAAGAGCAGGACAUAACUCACAGGAUAAAGAGCAUGAUGCACGUCAGUCCCAAGGAGGAGCAUCACUCGCACCAAGGGCAGCACCAGCAGAUUCCCACCCCCUCGCCAGACCACCUAAAUUACUAUUACCAAAAUGCCCAAGCGGGCCAAACCAAUUUCCACAGCCAGGCGAAACACGAAUGGAAGUCGGUAAACCAUUUCGAUCGGGUAAAAGCAGAACUCGACAUGAUAAUCAGCCCCAUGACCGAGACAAUGAAGCAGGACACACAUGCAAAUAAGCAACAUCAACAGUACCCUCCCCAAAAGAACUAUAUUCACUUUAGCGAUUACAACUCUUUUGUGAACAGCGCCAAAAUGAACCCUAGAGGGGUUAUGGUCAAUUCGAAAGAAGAUAUCUGCACCCCGAAAGGGAACGACCAGACGAAGGAAGUCGGCAGAGGUGGUGACUGUGCUGACGGGGCGAAUGGCUACUUGAGGAUGCUGAGCGGAGCACAUGGCAUACUAAAUGAGGCGAAUAAGGGUGAAAAUGGAAGUGGUCACUCCAAGCCAAUGAAUCUUAUACGAGGAAGUGGAGCCGCAGUUGGAGCAGUGGGCGGCGCCUUGAAUGAGCAGAGGCCAAUGGGAAGUGGAGAAAUGAACCUGAACUAUAUGGCCAACGGGGGAAACCAGAGCAAAGACCACCACCCGAUGACGCACCCCAACGUAUCGCAUCCGCCACAUGUUCUCCCUCCCUCGCAACCAGCGCAAAUUGUGUGCAAAAUUCCCAGCAUAUACAAAACGAGCAGCACCAGUAAAAGUGUGACGAGUUCAGGUGAAAAGAACAACUCAACGUACAACCUUUUCGAGAUGGAAGAAGGCAAACGUCCAGAUGCCUUGAGAGAUAAGUGCUGGCAGUAUGUGGACCCCAAGGGGGUAGUGCAGGGACCCUUCUUCCUUGACGAGAUGAGGAUUUGGAGCGAAAUGGGGUACUUCGAGCCCAUGUUGCCCGUCCGCUGCUGCCACUCUGAUCGCUUUGUUGCCCUGAACAAACUGUUCCCCCCUCCACAUAAACCCUUCACCAUUAUUCCGAAGCCACAGCCCAUAAUGCAGUGGGACGAGGAGUUAUAA